GGCCGGGCGGGGGGCGCCGAGGGGGCGGCCGCGGGGCCGCGCUGAGGCCGGGCCGGGCCGGGCAGAUCCGAGCCGAGCCGGGCGGCCCCGAGCCGAGCCGAGCCGCCCCAGCCAUGCAGCCGCGAGCGGCCGCGGGCACAUGGGGCAGCCCCUGAAGCGGCGCCUCGACGUGCCCGGCGCGGUGCCCUCGGUGCUGCGGCGGCGGCUGCUGCUGCUGGGCGCCAUGCUCGGCCUCUGGCUCUGCCUCUUCUACUCCUGCGGCGGCUCCUGCGCCGGGCUGGCGGCCCCCGGGGGCUCCCCGGAGCCGCGGGGUCCGUCGGGGGGCGGCCCGGCCCCCCCCCCACCUCCUCCCCCGCCGCCCCCGGGGCUGCCCGAGGCCGCCCGCCCCAUCUCCAGCCUGACCGACGGCACCGGCAGCAAGCGGCUGCCGCAGGCCGUCAUCAUCGGCGUGAAGAAGGGGGGGACGCGGGCGCUGCUGGAGUUCCUGCGGGUGCACCCCGACGUGCGCGCCGUCGGCGCCGAGCCCCAUUUCUUCGACCGCAACUACGAGCGGGGCCUCGCCUGGUACAGGGACCUCAUGCCCAGGACCCUGGAGGGGCAGAUCACCAUGGAGAAGACCCCCAGCUACUUCGUCACCAAGGAGGCCCCGGCCCGCAUCUCCUCCAUGUCCAAGGGCACGAAGCUCAUCGUGGUGGUGCGGGACCCCGUGACCAGAGCCAUCUCGGACUACACCCAGACGCUCUCCAAGAAGCCCGAUAUCCCCACCUUUGAGAGCCUGACCUUCAAAAACAGGACUACGGGCCUGAUCGACACCUCGUGGAGCGCCAUCCAGAUCGGCAUCUACGCCAAGCACCUGGAGAACUGGCUCCUCUACUUCCCCAUCGGGCAGAUCCUCUUCGUCAGCGGGGAGAGGCUGAUCAGCGACCCCGCGGGGGAGCUGGGCAGGGUCCAGGACUUUCUGGGCCUCAAGAGGAUCAUCACCGACAAACACUUCUACUUCAACAAAACCAAGGGCUUCCCCUGCCUGAAGAAGGCGGAGGGCAGCAGCAAACCCCACUGCCUGGGGAAAACGAAAGGCAGGACCCACCCCGACAUCGACCAGGAGGUGGUGCAGAGGCUGCGGGACUUCUACCGGCCUUUCAACAUGAAGUUCUACCAGAUGACGGGGCAGGACUUCGGCUGGGACUGAGGCUGGUGUGGGAAAAUCCCCUGUAAUUACUUGCCCAGCACGGUUUGCGUAUAUAAAGAGAUAUAUAUGUAUGUAAAAUGUACAGAAAUCUAUUUUAUAAUAAUUUAUUUUUAAUUCCUAAGCAAUUAAUUCACUAAGCUGCCUAACCGCACUGGCUAGAAUGGUAGCCCGUAACCUGUUUAACAUUCCACCCUGUUUAAUUCUAAUACAUCUCUCCUUUCUUUUUUUUUCCCUCCCAUUUUCUCCCCUUUUUGGUUUGGUUUGUAACAGACGGUGCUUCCAUUUUUCCUAAAGAAUAUUUGUAUUUAAAAAAUCGAAAAAAAAAAAAAAGAAAAAAAAAAAAAGAAAGGGCGGGAGGGGAGGGAAAGCACAAAUUUAUUUUUGUUACGGGUAUCUGGCCUUUAUAAACACUUGCUUUCCCUAUUCCGGUGUCCCGGUCUCUGCUCCCUCGUCCCGGGGGGGUUCUGUGGGGUGGGCGGGGGGCAGCCGCACACCUCCCUGCAGCCCGGGUGCCUGCGUGGGGCACCCCAAGCCAUACAGCCCCUGCUCGGUGUCCCAGGCUCCGCAGGGCUCUUUGCCUUGCAGAGAGGCCCCAGAGCCUGUGGUGUGGGCAGAGCCAGCCCCUCAGCCUGCUUCUCCGUGCCCGGUGGCAAGGAGGCUCUUUCCCACAACCCCUCUAUGCAUUUGAAAUCUUUCCUGCAGGACAAAUGUGAAAAUGUGUGUGUGUGUAGGUGCCGCACUCCGUGCCGGUUGCAGGUGGCGUUGCUGCGGCAGUGCCUGCGCACGUGCUGGGAUUUCCCAGGUAGUUCAUUUACUUCUGCAGCCUCCUUGCUCCUGCCAGCCCGUUGGUGCUGUUUGCUGUGGCUGUUUGGUGGUGAAAAGGUUCUUUGGAGCCGGGCUGGGUCUGGUCCUGGUCCUGCUCAGGUGCGUGCAGUCCCGGAGCAGACCCAGUGGGUGCAGAGGUGUGCGGGCAGAGCGCUGCCCUUGGGGCUUUGGUUGAACCUCAGGGCUCUGGGCUCAGCUCGGCUCAGCCCACCCGGCACCCAGCAGUGCUGGUGAGGCGUGCGUGGGCUCACAGGGGGUCGCCAAGCACUGGUGUGCCCUGGAGGAACGGGAGAUGCUGAGCACGAUGAGGCUGAGCCUCGUAGUAAACCUGCUGUGAGCUGGAUCAGCUCCCUCCUUGGGCUUUGCCUCCAAACAAGUCUUCCUACAAAAAGAAGGUGGGGCCAAUCCUCUCCUUUGUACCCCGAGCCAUUUCUAGCACCAAAGCAACGCUUUAGGACCGACGCGGUCCUGCUGCCGGAGGUCACCAACGUGAGCGUGGGACCUGCUGUGCCGCGCAGGUUGAGGGAGCACACACACCACCCUGUCCUCCAAAACGCAGCUGGGAACCCAGGGUGGUGGAUGGAUCUAUGCACGUUUGGGGUCAUUUGGUGCCCAGCCAGGCCCCCAGCCCCGCUCCCCAGUCAGGUGAUGGAUACACCAGCACGUCACAAACCCCUGCGGUGCUGGGUGGCCCAGGGGAAGGUGCCGCAGGGCUUGGGUGGGGUGCUAAGUAAAUGCUUCCUGGUGGAAAAGAGUGACUUGGGGUUCCCAAACCCUCAGUCUUCCUACUAUGCAAAACUCAUCCUCUCCACGAGCCUGGGGCGAGCUCCCAGCCAUGGCUGCGCUGGCCACGUCCUUCCACGCAGUCACCGCUUUGGUGGCUUCCUUGCCCACGGGUCCCUCUGGGGCACGUGUGCGUGCCUGGUGUUUAAUGCUGGACCAUUGAGCAUCCCCCCUCUCCUCCUGGAAACAGCUUCUUCAUGUCCUGAUGCCUUCCUCAGCUGUAUGGCAGAGCAUGGGCUUAAUUUGUAUAAUCAAGCCCUGCUGCAAAAAGCUCUCAUGAAGCAAUCUUGUUGGAGAGUAGAAACACAGAGGGUGAAUAAUAACUCUUGUAACCUUAAGCAAAUCGUUAGGCCUUUGUAAUGAAGUCUGUAGCAGACUUCAUCUAAUAUAAAGGCCUUACCUAACAAUGUGACAAGAAAGGUGAAUUCCCCGUGGCAUACAUCUGGUUGCUAAUACCGGAAUCAGUUCUAUUGUCAUCAUUAAAAAAAAAAAAACAAACUUUUUUUUUUUUAAGUUAAGCUUGGAGGUGUGAUUAGAAGUUCUUUUUUUUUUUUUUUUCUUCUUUUUUUUCCCAUUUUUUUUUCCAUUUUUAUUUUUCCUUCACAUUGUUACAUUAAUUUAUGGCUGAGUUUCAUUCAGUCCUGUAUUCCGAAGUGCAGUACAGGUAUUAGUGAUGUGUUGUCUGUAACAUGGUACUGUAGAGUAGCCAAUUUGUUUAAAAAAAAAAAAAAAAAAAAAAGAACAAAAUGGAAAGAAAAAAAAAAAGCCUGAGAAAAUGUAAAUCAAAUAUUUUGUGGUACGAACAACACAAAUUAAUUUUACACAGAGAAAGAUGUUUCUAGGAAAAUGGAAUUCUGAUAAUUCAUACUAUUUGUAUGAACAAAUAAAAAGUAUAUUUUACCAA